ACUUUUGUUCCGCACAAAAUGACUGCUUCUGUAUUUUCAGUGAUCUCAUAAAGUAAGGUUAGAGCUAAAUGUGUGUUCAGUGGACAGAGGAAUUGGUCCCCAAGAAGCGACCAUGGCCACAGCUUUUUCUUGGAUCUUUGACUGCCGUCGUCCAAAACAAACACCAUACAGUUCGAUCGCCAACCACUGCAAUCCAUCUGCAUCUAUUGGUUCUGAGGUCGUGAAAGAUCCCAUCUGAAGUACCACCAACAUCACCAUGACACACAUUAUUUCCAAGAUAUCCCGCUGCGUCUCUCGCUUGUCGGUGGUGUCAAGACAGCAGCAUCUGCCCAUCAUUACUACUGCCACUACAAGCACUACCUAUUGUUGUCGAAGUUAUUCUCGACCCACGACACCAUCCCAAAUGCCGCUAGAACCUGGGACUCCGAUUCAAGGAAUGGACUUUUUCAAAGGUGGUGACAGUCAAGAACCCAUUGUGGCACUCGACCGAAACGAGUAUCCCGGAUGGGUCAAUACGUUGGCAUCGCCACUGCCCAGUUUGGCAAAACUCCGUAAAAUGCCAGAAGAAGAGGCAGAUGAUAAAUUGAAAAUGAGAUAUCUCAAACUCAAACGACGCAUGGUCAUCAAGGAAAGUAAUAUAGGGAGGGCAAAAUAGAAAUAGUGGAGAGAGAGGCUGGAAGUGGAGGACGUAUUGUGCUCCGUCGAGUACCACACUGCAUACUAGUACAUGUUGACCCAUUGACAGCUAUCUAUCUAGAUAUUCUAAAAGGCCCAAGGAAAGAUCCAGCAAUAUGCCUGUUCAUGGAAACAAACAAAGCACUAGUUUAAUGUACCGUAAUGUCUAGCUAGCUAGAGGCUGGCUUGCUGGCUAAGAGAAUGGUUGUCACCCC